AUGUUGGAGUUGCCUGAUGAGGUCAUUGAACGAAUCAGCUACAGCUUACACCAAGAUGAUAUCGUCUCCCUUAUGCUCACCAACUCGAGAUUCCACCGGAUUUUGCAGUCGCGGCUCUAUUCCGUGAUUGUCGUGGACUCGUUGCCAAAGUUGUUCCAACUCGAAGAGAUUAGCUACAACUUCAACACUUUUAAACUCGAUUCCCAUUUCGUUAAGGGGGUCAUCAUUAGAUCGGUUUAUGCGCUCAAGAAUUUUUUCAAAAAUGCCACAUUCCGCCACGUUAAAAAGUUUAUCGUCUAUAAAUUGCCCGAUAUUCCUCAUUUGGAAAUGCUCCAGUACAUGGAGCUGGUUUCGCGUAUGAACCAGUUAGAAGUUUUUGAAUGGUGGCAUGAUUGUGCUGGGUGUGCCUUCCCCGCGAGCCUUUUGAAGUACAACUCGAGACUUUGUGAAAUCAACGGCUACAUAGAUUCCAACGAAGAACUCGAUCUUGCCUAUUUAAAAAGUGGGGUCUUUACAAAACCGGGCAAAUUGGACACCUCGAUGACGAAAGUAUCACUACGGAACAUGGAGUUGAAGAGCUUGGACAUUUCUCAAGUUACCGACUUGCUCAUUGAGAAUUGCACCUACAAAAAGAAUUACCUACUUGACCAGAACCUCAACCUCAAUCAUCUCACGUUGCACGUGGAAGACGACCCUGCAUUAUUGCCCUUUCUCUCCAAGUUACGACUCAAGUCCUUGAAUUUGAAAACCCAGUCAAAUGUAGAUCGACUACUAGGCAAUCUCGACCCCGGGAUAACAUCACUAGUGUUGCAAGCCAAAUUACAAGUGCACAGUCUCAAGCAACUACUGCGGUUCGUCCAUUUGACAUAUUUCAAAUUGGAAAUCAUCGAAAAGGACUUGUUUGAGCUAUUACCAUUCAUCCCCACCGAGGUGCAAGUUGUUUCGUUCCAAGUGGUUGAACCCACAGAGAGGAAUAAUUGUUUGAUUGCCGAGGAGUACUGGCAAUGUCCACGUGCGAACAGGGUGGAUCAAAAUCGACUCAAGUACCAAGAUUUCGUCUUGGAGUACCGUCGCAAGCUCAAGAAUCUCGCCUGGGUCAUGUUCAAUGGCAAUGAUAAAAACUAUGUUUUCGAAUGCACCGAGGAUGAGCCUGUUGUGUACAGGGACGGGUUCGAGUGCUACUUCCCAAAAAUUGUAAAUACAUUUAUAUAA